AUGUCUACUCAACGAGACCUCGAACGAGCCGACCCAGGGCCUAGUUUCGAAAUAUCGAGAAAUGCCACAGAUGGUCAACGUGAUGAACAAGUCCACAACAUGACUCAAAAGGAUGCACAAACAACUGCGGGAGACGAUUCAGCACUUAUAGCAGCAUGGAUGCAACGACUUCAGACACUCACUGUUAUAACGACAUUCCUUACUUCCAUCGACGGAGAGCUCUUCACCCUCACCUCCUCCUCGUCGCAGGUGACAGUUAAUGCAAGCUUGGAAUAUCGGGAACUCGUCUAUGCAUGUUUGACUGGUGCCCUCAUUUUCCAUGUCUGUUCUUCAAUUCUGGGAUAUGUUACGUCUUUUGUUCUCAUCCGAUACAAGACCGUCGAUGCAGCCUCCCCUUCCAAUGCGAAAGCCGACGCAUUGGGCAAACUCCCUGAUACUGGUUUACGUCAAGAAAUCAAUAAUGGAAAGCAGCUCUUACUUAAAGCCGUCCCUCCUUUGUAUCUUGUACAGUCUCUCCUUCAGAUGCCUUCUGGGGUUCGGCUUCAAUCCAGGACGUCCACUUCCCCACUGGAUCUCAUCACUCGGUGCUAUUAUACAAUUUUGGUCCUGAGUGGCGCCGGCUUUAUCAUGGCGCUUCUUGGUAUCGCCACAUACGCAUGGUUUGGACUGCGGCGGGUUGUUGGGAUAUUCUCGAUAAGUUGUAUAGGUGUUAGUUUGUUGUCUUGUGUGUGGGCGAUGGUGUACUGAACCACGUGCUUUGGCCACGUGAUUAACGACAAUACGACUCAAUGAUUCACGACUUUUUUGAAGCUAAAUAAAUAUUUGCAGAGAUCCUCACAUAUGUUGUGACUGCCCGUAGGAAUCUUCAGAAAAGACGUCUGUAAAAGGUCUGACAACUUCACGCCAGCUAGUUUACAAUAAAUUUCUAAAUUUUUAA